UACAAUUUACACACCCACCCAAUCGUUUCAGAUCCACAGCGAUUAUCCAAAUUUUUCUGUUUCUUCUUCGAAUUGAAAAUUCAUUAUUUUUCUCUUUCCCGCACCAUCUGAAUUUUUACAGUGCUAAUUCUCUCUCUUGUCUCUCUCACUCCGCCAAAUCUAAAAGGACUAAAACCCUAACAUUCGUCGAUUCCCACCUUCUCUGCAUUAAAUAAAAAAACCAAAAAAAAAAAAAAAACUUAAUAUAAGAUUUAAGAUCCAUUGAAUGGAAUCCUCUCUCGUGGAGUAGAACCACCCUUUUUUAAUUACCAAGUAACCUGAUACUAAACCAAACUCCAUUCCUAAUCUUCUGCAACUAUACAAGUUUCACAAUUUUGGAUUUUUUUUUUCCGUUCUUUUAAGUUUAUAUUUCUAUAAUUUCGAACCAUGAAGGAAGGGAAAUCGGUAAAAUUGAAUGGCCAACAGCUGCACCAGAAUGGUCACUUGUCUCCGUUCAAAUUCGCCAAGUUGUUGGAUCCAGAAGCUUCCUGGGACAAGGAUCAAUUGGGAGAUGUGUUGCAUUGGAUUAGACAAGGCAUGGCCCUUUUAUGUGGGUUGCUUUGGGGGGCAAUACCUUUGGUCGGCGGCAUAUGGUUUUUCAUCUUUCUGGCGAUAUCCUCUGGGAUUAUAUAUGGUUAUUAUGCAAUGAUACUAAAGGUUGAUGAGGAGGAUUUUGGUGGUCAUGGAGCUCUUCUCCAAGAGGGUCUUUUUGCUUCCAUUACUUUGUUUCUGCUUGCAUGGAUUCUAGUAUAUAGCUUGGCACACUUCUGAUUCGCUAUGUACUAUGGAUGUCACCACCAUCUCCCUAAAUUGACGUUCAACUUUGACUUGGAUGAUUGAGGUGCUAUGUGGUAGCCCCGAAAAACAAUGAGAACGUUUCUUUAGUAGUCAUUAUUUAUUGCUCACUACUUUAUGAUUGGGAAUCAUUUCAAUUGGCAGAGCAUGGGUGUGUUAGCGUUCUGGUUUGUGGUGAAUAGAUGUUCCAACAAUGUUUCUGCAUAAGCAUUCAGGCAAUGUAGCUAUCAUGGCCUCCAAGACUGAUGAUAAUCAAAAUUUUGAAUUUUGUAGCCUAAAAUAAAA